AUGCCCCGCCUACCUUCUAUUGAUCUCUCCUCCACCUUCGACCACGAGCCCUUUGGACCUCAGUCGUCUGAUCCUGAGCCCUCACCGCCCCGCAACGAAAACCAGAGUCGACGCUCCAACCGAUUCAACUCCCUCAGACCCGUACGCCACCUUACCUCCUCUCUCCGCCGAAGACGCUCGCCGCCGCCGUCAGUCUCUUCAAUACGACCUCGUAGGAACGAAGAUCAAGCAGCUAUGCUGAGUCGGCUACUCAGUGUGGCGGCUGCAGCUACUGCAGCGACUCUGAUGGGAGAUGAUCACAACGCCUUGAGUGAGGCUAGGAGUUUGACUGGAAGCACCGGGCUGGGCGAUUUGGGCGGCAGUGGAGAGGACGGCAGCUUUGACGGGUUCUUAAGAGCAUUGCAGAACGGCCGGAUAGCGUCAGCCCUUAGACAGGGCGGCGCCGAGAACGGUGCAGAAGGCACCGAGUCACAAGGACCGCCUCUGAACUUCUUCAGGAUGUUCCGUUUCGGCGCCUCUGGACCAAACAAUGAAGACCCACGUGGAUCUGCAGUCUCUGAUGCCUCGGACGGCUCUGGCGGUGCUGAGGGCAGGAUGGUGCCUAUCAUCAUAGUAGGGAUUCGCUCCAUCAGCCCCAGCUCCAACGCUGGAGCUGGUUCGCCCAGCGAGGAUCUGCCUCCAUUCAUCGACGCCCUAGGCAACUUUCCAACCCCACUCCCUGCGCACGCGCUCGGUACACAUGGGCAUGAAAGCAUCGACUCGAUUCUACGACCUCCACAGAACGGAACCUCAUUCAGACACAGGCGGAGAGCCAGCAUGGGUGGAUUCGGCAUGGGCAGGAGCCGGCUGAGCGAUCGGAUGGACGACCAGAGAGACCAUCGAUCACCCGAUAGGCGGAGAGAGCGCCCCUGGAGUGUGGCGAGCUCAAGUUCAAACUACGAGCCGAGACCACCGCCUGCGACGCCUGCGAGCCCGAGUCCCGAACUGAGCCGAAUCUCAAGCAGAAAUAGCACCCCGAGCCACUCAAGACCUACAUCUAUAGUGGCUAACAGCAUGCGAGACUUCAGCAGCGAGUCGAGGCGAAACAGCAUGCUCCACAGAGCAUCUGGCGCAAGCCCACUCAGCUCACAUACGGAAGAGACGGCCUCUCUCCACUCCACACACUCUGGGACAGGCUUGUUGGGAGACUCGGAGCCAUAUCGCAUUCAUCGACGAUCAGACACAGCACCCAACAUUCACUACCCUCGUUUCGCGUCCGGACACCCAAGAAGAAAUGGCGUCGUUGAGCCAGACAACCUGCCAUCACUAUCGCGCUCAUCAACCAACGGCGAUACCGAGUCAACCAGCAACGAGAACCGCAACACAAGCAAUGACUCCCGCAGCUGGAUCAUCUACGUGCUGGGUGGUUCCUAUCCAGAGAAUCAUCCAAUACUCACGACGCCCAGCUUGUUCACCGAGAACCCUACAUACGAAGACAUGAUGCUUCUCUCGGCACUCCUAGGCCCAGCCAAAGCUCCAGUCGCCACCGAGGAAGAUGUCCAGGGUGCGGGUGGACUGUACAAUAUCGAGACCGCGGACAUGCCAGCGGACGCCGCCAAGACUGCAGCUUUGGUCGCCACGGCCAUGGAAGGCGACGAACAGGUCACGAUUGACGUCGGCCAGCGCUGUCUGGUAUGCUUGUGCGACUUCGAGGCGAAGGAAGUAGCGCGCAAGCUUGUUAAGUGCGACCAUCUCUUCCACAAAGAGUGCAUCGAUCAGUGGCUGACGACGGGUCGAAACUCGUGUCCUCUCUGUCGAGAGCAAGGCGUGGACGAGAAGAAGACCGCCGAAUCAGAGGAGACGAGAGGCGAGGCCAGCAGCUCAGCAGCCAGCACUUCGGGGGACUCGGCAACGAUCGCCGGCGCUGAGAAUAACCACGAAGUGGAAACCUUGGGCUCAUAG